AAUCUUGACUCGACGGCCUGCGAGGGUCACUCCAGGACCACAUCAUGACACUCGUCUUGUCUCAUUCCAUCAACAACAAUCAACUUCGCUUUCCCAUCACCAUGCCGCCUCCAUCACCACCCUGUGGCAUUCACUCUGGAUGAUAUGUUGGACUUUGUUCGUCAAUACUCUUGUGCCUCGAAAUUGUGCCGGCCUCUUCUACUUCGACCGAAUUCUGCAUCCUCACCACUUGCCUGACCACCGAGUCUGCUAGUACCCUCGGUCUUGAAUCCUCAAAAUGCGAACUCUCGCGGGCCUUGCCACUCCUUAGCCUCAGCCAGGCCGUGACCUGUGACCUGCCUCAGCAUGAGUGCAGGGAAUAUAUACCAACCGCUGCAACGUCGCAUGCGAAGAAGAUCCGAUCAUGUCUCUCCCACCUCUCCUAGUUAUACGAGACGCUUCAAUAGGCAUGGCGAACCCUUCAGUCCUACAGAUGCGCCCCCUCUGAUCCCUGAGUCCGACCAACGCUCUCCCAGGCCACGUCUUACCCCGGCCCAUACCGACUUCUAUCCUGCUCAGGCUCCCCUCUCCCCACAUCAAUCAUAUCCUCCGACAGAUUCCUUUCCUUACCAAAGAUCCUCGGAAGAUGCCACCACGGAUACCGUCCGACCGUCCGAAGAUGUUCACCGACCAGCCACAAGCGAUGCGAACAGAUCUGCUCCAUACACAGCCACUUUGGGCGCACGCCCGUCACCUGUGUCCGUUCAAUCGAACUCUGUCGAUUACAAAGAGCGAUCCUCCUUUGAGCCCAUCUCAAGAGUCACCGACAAUACUUCCUCUCCGACCCUACGUAAUUACAGUUUCUCCUCCCCACCGCAAGAUCGAUCCCAUUUCGACGACCACGCUGUGUCCAAGGGUUCGACCGCCAAGAAGAGCAGGCUAAAUCUCUUGAACCCGAUGAGUCUAUUAGCUCGCCGCCGAUCGUCACAGAAUCAAAAGCUGGAUGAUUUCAAUCUCACCAUUAAUACUCUGUCCGUGCCGGCUCUCCCUGACAAUUUUGAGCCCAGCAUCCGGGGAAAGCUCGUCCAUGAUUUUUCCGCGCCGCGUUCACGUAGGCAAGUCUCUCAAUCAGAUGUCAGCUUCGUCGAGUCUCCUGGUCUACGAACAGGCGGACUGCCAGACUCGAGUCGCCUCCAGGAUCCUUUUGGUGGUCGAAAUGGCCCUCUAAGUGGGGUCUCAAACGCCUCCCACAGUCCUAUGUUCAAGGAAAACUUCCAAGAUGACCAGACCUCUCUGCAGCCGGAGCGUACUGGCUACUUGCACAACCAUGCAGCGUACAACCGAUCCUUCGACUCACAAGAUCCCACCAAUAUCCCGGCGUUUGCCAAGCGGCUCCCUGCUGUAGUCCCUCAGUCUGAAGUCAACUCAUCGUUACUUGAAACUGACCAUCAAGCUGCAGCGGAAAUCCCGCUUGCAGAGCCGUCACCUCCUCCUCCAUCGCCUCCUCCAAAAAGCACUCCAUCACCAAAGUUUGAACCCCCUCCUCCAGCUGCUCUCCCGAAGCACAUGACGAGUACCUCAUCUCGUUUCAGCUUCCAGAUGGGCGGGAGUGGCUCCUCUGUCCAGGAAAGACUCUUGGAGGAAAAGCAUAAGCAACACGAAGCAACGCGGAAACCUCCGGUCGGAGAAGUCGAAGAGGAGGAGGACGACGAUUAUGCAAACUACGACUUUGAUGCGGACGAUGGAUUCGAGGAGGAAAUCCCCAGCUUCAAUGCUGAUCUAUACCAUGAUGGAGGUUCAACACUGAGUGGCAUUCAGAACAGCGCUCUGAUUGCACGCUAUCCCAUCGACGAAGACCCAUUUGAUACAUCUGAUCUUCCCCAAGGCAAUCUGUUGGCUCCCAAGUAUUUACCAAGCGAGAGCACAGGUGUUCCCGAAGCCGAGGUCGGACCAGAGCCUGUACUGGAGCCCAAUUAUGCUACAUCACCACCAUCUUUGCCUGAGUCUGUGAUCAAGGAAACAACGUUACAUCGCCACUCGCUCCAAGGCUUCCACUUCACCCCUCAAUCUUUGACAUUUAGUCCCACCAGUACAAACAACGCCUCCCAACCCACGCCACGGGAUCACGAAGGAUUCCCCAUCGGAAUUGCCGACUCCAGAGUAUCCUCCCGAGCAAGUCACGAUGCCCUGGAACAGAAAGAUGCUGGUAUCGAGAUAGAAAAGCUUUCGCUGAUUGGGGGCCUCGGAAUCACGACGCCGGCUGCACGUCCUCGGAGACGGUCGAACCACGUCGAACGGCCACACGCCCAAGUCUUUGAUGACGACGAUCUUUACUUUGACGAUGGCGAGUUUGGGGAUCUUGGGAUUGAAUCUAUUGUCCCAACAUUCGACGAACAAACCUUGGACGAUGAGAGUGGACAGAUUCGGAACAUCCCAGCGGAGAAUGCUCGCAAAUUGGCUCUUGCACUUCACCACGCCGUUGGAAACGAUGAUGGAAAACUUGCACCGAUUUGGGAUGGGCCGACGGCUCAUGCGCCCCAAGACGAUCUCGAAUGGAAGCAGCAUGAUCACCAGCGCCAAGUGAGCGAUUCAAGCCUAGAACAAGGCAAUAGCCUGGCCGGUCUGACUGAGACUAAUCUGGCGGCAUAUCACGAUGCACUCGCCAUGGCAGCCAACCAAGCUGCCGUAGAAGGGCGAUUUGAUCGCAAGGUGAGCUUCAGUCAGAACUCGGACGACACGUCACAGUCAUUCGAAAACAGCCGACAGGGAAUCGUGUCAGCAGACAGUCGCUUCGGUUUUAACUACAACAUGGGAAUUGCUGAAGACGAUGGAUUCCCUUUCGACGACGAUAUGGACGAUGAUCCUAUGAUCGCCGAGGCGAACGCUGAAGCCUUGGAAAAUGAUGAGGACGGGUUCUAUGGUCAAGAGUUUGGUUUCUAUGCCCGAUCGAAUACCAAAAGCAGUACCGAGAUUGUGAAUGGGGGUUAUUUUGGCGAAAGAGGAUCCAGUGGGGUGAAACGAAGUCAUAGUGGCAAGGCCAAUUUUCAGGAGCCCAGCCUGACGCCGAUUACAGAACGAAGUGAGUGGAGCACAAGGAAUUCGGUGGUGUCGCUCCAGAUGCCCGGUGGUAUUCCGGGAUCGGCUCAAUCAAUCCCCAGCCCAGGAAUUGCUCAGCUUCUGGAGCUCGAUUCUCCUGGAUAUGAUGAGGACAUGAGCUUCAGUGCAUUGAUGCGACUUCGUGGUCGAGCAUUUGGGGGCAGCUCGUCGAGUCUGAACAGUGGAGGUGGACCACCUCAAAUCAGCUCGCCCUUGGCUUACCCUUCGCACCACCCUUUCGGUCACGGGGAUCAUCACGGCGUGAGGAUGUCUUCAGGCUUCCACGGGCGAUCGUCGCCCGUGAUGGGUAUUCCGGAGUCGGAGGAAGAGGACGAGGAAGAUGGUCGUCCGACCUUGACGCAAAAUACGCCACGAAAAAGAAUCCCAGAGCCUCUGGUCUUUCAGUCGCAAGAAGAUUUGCCCUCGUCUCCAAUGGCAGUCCCAGCAGAACGGCGCAAGGGCCAUCACAGCCGCAAUAGUAGCGGCGCCGAGAGCGUCAGUUAUCAACGAGAAAUGGAUGGAAGGUGGGUUUUGGAAAGACGACGAACGGAUGAAGAGACUGGAGAUGAAACAGUGGACCGCGAAUACCUCGCAGGCACACGGAUCUGACAGUAUAAACAUGAAAAGGCGAGUAACAAGUGAAGAUACUUGUGCAAAAUAGAUUGGUUGAGCGAAAGCAACGUCUCAAGAUACCCAUGUUGGAAUUGAAUAGCCCUGCCGUCUUAUAGUAGUUCUAGCAUAGCGCAGGAUAUUGAGGGUUAUUGUUUGGACGAGAAAUCUUACAUGUGGACGCACUGGUCCGUCCGUUUCUACAAUAGCUGUUAUGCAAAUAAUAAUAACACUGG